AUUUGAAAAUAUAAUAGAGGAGCUGAUUGGUGGCCAGGCAAAGCUGCUCCAAAUUCUGUCUGCGCCGGUUUUGAUAUUUAUGUUUCUGUUUCUUAACAGAGUUACUGGUGGAGAAUUAUUUGAAGAUAUAGUAGCAAGAGAAUACUAUAGUGAAGCAGAUGCCAGUCAUUGUAUACAGCAGAUUCUAGAAAGUGUAAAUCAUUGUCAUCUUAAUGGCAUAGUUCACAGAGACCUAAAGCCUGAAAAUUUGCUCUUAGCUAGCAAAUCAAAAGGUGCAGCAGUAAAACUUGCAGACUUUGGACUAGCUAUUGAAGUUCAAGGAGACCAGCAAGCAUGGUUUGGCUUUGCUGGAACUCCAGGAUACCUAUCUCCAGAAGUUUUACGAAAAGAUCCCUAUGGGAAACCUGUGGAUAUGUGGGCAUGUGGUGUGAUCCUUUACAUUCUUCUGGUGGGUUAUCCUCCAUUCUGGGAUGAGGACCAACACAGACUGUACCAACAGAUAAAAGCUGGAGCGUAUGAUUUUCCAUCACCAGAAUGGGAUACGGUGACUCCUGAAGCCAAAGAUCUGAUUAAUAAAAUGCUUACAAUCAAUCCAGCCAAACGAAUCGUUGCCUCAGAAGCUCUAAAACAUCCAUGGAUCUGCCAACGUUCUACGGUUGCCUCCAUGAUGCACAGACAGGAAACUGUAGACUGUUUGAAGAAGUUUAAUGCCCGGAGGAAGUUGAAGUAUAAAAACUUUUAUUCAUUUACAGCAGCACGAAGUUUACUGAAGAAACCUGAUGGAGUCAAGAUGAACAACAAAACCAAUGUAAUAACAAGUCCUAAAGAUCCCAACCCACCUCUGGAGCCCCAAACUACCGUAAUCCACAAUCCUGCUGAUGGAAAUAAGGAGUCAACAGAAAGCUCAAAUACCACUAUUGAAGAUGAAGAUGUGAAAGCAGCAAAGUGCACAGAAAACACAAACUCAAAGAGUCACUCGAAUGAAUCUGAGCCUUCUCAGGGCAACCUUUCAUCUGUGCAUUCCCGCAAGCAGGAAAUCAUCAAAGUUACAGAACAACUAAUUGAAGCUAUUAAUAAUGGAGAUUUUGAGGCCUAUACGAAGAUCUGUGACCCUGGCCUCACUUCAUUUGAGCCUGAAGCUCUAGGAAACCUUGUAGAAGGAAUGGAUUUCCAUCGGUUUUACUUUGAAAAUGCUUUAUCCAAGAGCAACAAGCCUAUCCAUACGAUCAUACUUAACCCCCAUGUCCAUUUGAUUGGGGAAGAUGCUGCCUGUAUAGCCUAUAUCCGCCUGACACAGUACAUGGAUUCCACAGGAUUGCCAAAGACCAUGCAGUCUGAAGAGACCAGAGUGUGGCAUCGUCGUGAUGGAAAGUGGCAGAAUGUACAUUUUCACCGUUCUGGGUCACCAACAAUACCCAACUAACGUUAAACCUCGCAAGCCUUUAACUGUAAACACUCAAGACAACUGGAUGGUAUCUGUUAGAGAAGCUGCAUCCCUCCUUUGUGUCCCUUU